AUGCCCCGCCGAGGGGGGCUGCCGGCCCCCGCCGCCGCCCGCCGGCCCCCCCCGCUCCUCCGCCUCCUCCUCCGCCUCCUCCUCCUGGCCGCCCCGCUGCAGCCCGGCAGAGGUCUCAACCUGUGCACAAGUGGAAGCGCCUCAUCCUGUGAAGAGUGUCUCCUCAUCCAUCCCAAAUGUGCUUGGUGCUCCAAAGAGGAGUUUGGCAGCACGAAGUCUGUCCCAUCGCGCUGUGACUUCCUGCAGAACCUCAUUGCCAAUGGUUGUGCCGGCGCCAUCGAGAACCCACGCAGCAGCAGCAGCGUGAUGAAGAACAUCCCCUUAAGCAGCAAGGGCUCUGGGCAGAGCCACCUGGAUGUCACACAGAUCACCCCACAGAAGGUCGCCCUGAGUCUUCGUCCUGGUGACAGGACCUCCUUCCGAGUUCAGGUCCGGCAAGUGGAGGACUAUCCCGUGGACCUGUACUACCUGAUGGAUCUCUCCCUGUCCAUGAACGACGACCUGGACAAUAUUCGCAAUCUGGGGACAAAGCUGGCUGAAGAGAUGCGGAAGCUCACUAGCAAUUUCCGGCUGGGCUUUGGCUCUUUUGUGGACAAAAACAUUUCUCCUUUCUCCUACACAGCACCGAGAUACCAAAACAAUCCCUGCAUUGGAUAUAAGCUGUUCCCAAGCUGCGUCCCCUCCUUUGGUUUCCGCCAUCUCUUGUCCCUGACGGACAAAGUUGACCGUUUUAAUGAAGAAGUGCAGAAGCAGAAGGUGUCCCGGAACAGGGAUGCCCCAGAGGGUGGUUUUGAUGCAAUUUUGCAGGCUGCUGUGUGCAAGGAGAAGAUCGGCUGGCGGAAAGAGGCAUCCCACCUGCUGGUUUUCACCACGGAUGAUGUGCCCCACAUAGCUCUGGAUGGGAAGCUGGGGGGGCUGGUGCAGCCCCACGAUGGCCAGUGCCACCUGAACGAGGCCAAUGAGUACAGUGCAUCCAGCCAGCUGGAUUAUCCUUCCCUGGCACUUCUUGGGGAGAAACUGGCUGAAAACAACAUCCACCUGAUUUUUGCUGUUACAAAAAGCCAUUAUGUCCUGUACAAGAACUUCACUGCCUUGAUUCCUGGGACCACGGUGGAGAUUUUGCACAAGGACUCCAAGAAUAUCAUUGAGCUGAUUGUCAAGGCCUACAACAGCAUUCGGUCCAAAGUAGAACUCACUGUCUGGGACAGCCCUGAGGACAUUGGCUUGACCUUCACUGCCACCUGCCAGGAUGGAUUGUCCUACCCUGGGCUCAGAAAAUGUGGGGAUCUCAAGAUAGGAGAUACGGUUUCCUUUGAGGUGUCGGUGGAGGCCCGCGGCUGCCCUGCUGAGGACACCUCCCAUGUCUUCACCAUCAAGCCAGCCGGCUUCCGUGACACACUGGAAGUGGCCAUCACCUACAACUGCCUCUGCGGCUGCACCGGCCACGCGGAGCCGGCCAGCAGCAAGUGCAGCAGCAAUGGGACCUAUGCCUGCGGGCUGUGCGAGUGCGAUGCCGGCUACCUGGGGGCCCGCUGCGAGUGUGAGGAGGGGGCCGGCGGGGAGACCCAGCCUGGGCUGUGCCGUGAGGUGGAGGGAAAGCCCGUCUGCAGCGGACGGGGGGAGUGCAGCUGCAACCAGUGUGUCUGCUAUGAGAGCGAGUUCGGGAACAUCUACGGGCCCUUCUGUGAGUGUGACGACUUCUCCUGUGCCCGGUACAAGGGAGUCCUCUGCUCAGGCCAUGGAGAAUGUCACUGUGGGGAGUGCAAGUGCCACACGGGGUACAUCGGGGACAACUGCAACUGUUCCACUGAGACCGCCGGCUGCGUCUCCAGCGAUGGGCAGAUGUGCAGCGGCCGCGGCAACUGCAUCUGUGGGAGGUGCCAGUGCACUGAGCCUGGGGCGUUCGGGGAGACCUGCGAGAAAUGUCCCACCUGCCCAGGGGUCUGCAGCACCAAAAGGGACUGCAUUGAAUGCAAGCUGUUUAACUCAGGAAGACUGGAUAACCAAACCUGCCAAAAGCACUGCAAGGAUGAGCUCAUCACCACUGUGGAUGUUCUCAAAACGGAUGACCCCAAUGCAAUCCUGUGUGCCUACCCAGUGAACAACUGCGUCAUGAAGUUCACCUAUUCGGAGCUUGCCAAUGGGAAAUCCAACCUCACCGUCCUCAAGGAGCCAGCAUGCAGCUCAGCCCCCAGUGCCGUGACCAUCGUGCUGGCUGUCAUUGGCAGCGUGGUGCUGAUUGGCACCAUCCUACUGGGACUCUGGAAGCUGCUCGUCACCAUUCACGACAGGAGGGAGUUUGACCGAUUCCAGAGUGAACGCACCCGGGCGAGAUAUGAAAUGGCAUCCAAUCCUCUCUACCGAAAGCCCAUUUCUACACAUAAUGUAGAGUUCACAUUCAACAAGCUCAACAAAUCUUAUAAUGGUACAGUUGACUGAUCAGGUCUCUGCAUGUGGGACCGCUGUGGACAAUUGCUUGACUGUAUUUGCUGCUUCUCGACUUGAAGAUGGGAUCCUCUUCAGGGGAGAAAAUACUUUACAACAGGACUGGUCGAUGACACGAGCCUGUUAUUUGCACAGUAAGGAGAAAAGCAGCAUGUGUUUUGUCUGAUUUGGGACGUGCCAAUGCCAUGGCAGGCUCACCAGUUGUGCUUGUGGAUUCCGAGCCCUGUGACUCCACAGCCCAGGUUUCUGGAUCUAUGAAACCUGCCAACGAAGAGAACCAAGUGCCACAUUGCAGCUUUAGACAUAUCCCAUCCCACUAGAAAGGGUGAGUAGGCCAAAAUCAGGGGAAGUCACGGCAUUGCAGGUUGGGAGGGGGGGGAAUUAGCUUAAAAAGAGGAGGGUGUUGGAAGCAUUUGUGUAAGAAAUUAGGAUACAAGAGUUCUGCAGUCUUUAGAAUUUUUUUUUUUUAUAUAAAAACAAAAUAAAACUAUUGUGCAUAUAUUAUGCUGAAAGU